AGAGUGUCCUGGUCGCGCCAUGAGUUGUAUCAACCUGCCCACCGUGUUGCCCGGCUCCCCCAGCAAGACCCGCGGCCAGGUCCAGGUGAUCCUCGGACCCAUGUUCUCAGGGAAAAGCACGGAAUUGAUGAGACGUGUCCGCCGCUUCCAGGUUGCACAGUACAAGUGUCUGGUGAUCAAGUACGCUAAGGACAUCCGCUACGGCAGUGGCUUGUCAACCCAUGACCGGAACACCAUGGAGGCGCUGCCUGCCUGCCUGCUCCGGGAUGUGACCCAGGAGGCCCUGGGCGUAGCUGUCAUCGGCAUUGAUGAAGGGCAGUUUUUCCCCGACAUCGUGGAGUUCAGCGAGGCCAUGGCCAACGCUGGGAAGACAGUGAUUGUGGCUGCCUUGGAUGGAACCUUCCAGAGGAAGGCCUUCGGGAGCAUCCUGAACCUGGUGCCGCUGGCCGAGAGCGUGGUGAAGCUGACUGCCGUGUGCAUGGAGUGUUUCCGCGAGGCUGCCUACACCAAGAGGCUGGGUGCAGAGAAGGAGGUGGAGGUGAUCGGCGGGGCAGACAAGUACCACUCAGUAUGCCGUCUCUGCUACUUCAAGAAGGCUGCCGGGCAGGACAAGGAGAACUGCCCAGUGCCGGGGAGGCUGGGGGAGAUGCCGGCCCGGAAGCUCUUUGCCCCCCAGCUUGCCCCACUGAGCCCCUUGCACCAGGGUUUCUCCUGAUGGAGUCCUAGGGGUAGGCAGGGGUGAGCUGGACAUCGAGACAAAGCUUCCCCUCCCCGUGCCCUACUCUGCCUCAGCUCUUGGGUCCUCUGCAGCUGCCCCACCCGGGACUCCCCUUUCUUUCCAGAGAAGCAGGGCCCCAGCCCUGUGACAGGAGCCCGGGCCUCUUCCCCUCUGCGGCUUCUGCUGUGUGCUGGGGAGCCGGAGCCCCAGCACCUGUUCCUGGAGCUCUCCGCCCCAUGGAAAACCACGUCCUCCCUCCACUGCCCUUGGGGGCACAGCCCUCCUGCACUUAGACCAGCGUUCUCCAGGACUUCUGGCCCUUCCCAAGGGGCCUACUGGGGUGUGGGCCCAGGGCUGCCCUGGCCUUUUAAAGUAGGGCUGGGGCUGGGCCAAGACUUUUGCGUUUUUUGUCAAGUGAAUGCCUAAUAUUAAAAUGAAAGUUAAUUGAA